AUGUCAAACGCUGCACUUAUGGGAUCUCGUAUCGAUGACGUGACACCUUCGUAUUAUGUCGAGCAUUUGGCCACGUUCGCUGUUGGACGCCAAUUUGGGCUCACAUUCCCUGCUGAUGGUAUUCGCAAGCUCAAACAAAUGGAAAAGAAUUCAGCCAUCUGGGCUCAACCGUUGGUGCUCAGGUUCCGACAGAAUGGUGUCACUGUAGAGGAUGAAAACGGGGACCUAGUCGAGCAGUUUCCACUGAAUUUGAUAGAACAACCAACGGCACAUGUGUCUAGUGAUCCUCGUGACACCUACAACAAUAUCUUAUUAUUCAUAGUUCGCGAAGAUACACGUAAUAAGAGAUCGGCCACACCUACCGAGAUGCACAUCUUCCAGUGCAAUCGAGUGGCUGCAACCGAAGUCGCCGACGACCUUCAGUGGUACAUUCGUGGACAAUUCAAAAAGGUCCGAAAUGGUCGACGAAAUAGCGGGCCCGGCCAACCAGUACGUCUUCCAUCAGGUGAGCCAACAAUAUAUCCUAUCAUUCACAUUGUAAUCGUCCAGAUUAGCCAGCCAUGCGUCUUUACCUUCGAAGUGAUCGAUAGUUUGGUGGCUGUGUGUCAUUAG